UGUGAAGAAGCAGCGAGAACGACCCCCGGACGGACCCCAGCCGCGCACCGCUGCAGCCCCGCGUUCAGCGCCGACGUCCCCCCCCCCCCCCCCCCCCCCCCCCGCCGCCAUGCCCAAAAGAAAGGCUGAAGGGGAUACUAAAGGAGAUAAAGCCAAGGUGAAGGACGAGCCACAGAGAAGAUCGGCAAGGUUGUCCGCUAAACCUGCUCCUCCAAAGCCAGAGCCCAAACCUAAAAGGGCCCCUGCAAAGAAGGGAGAGAAGGUACCCAAGGGGAAGAAAGGGAAGGCCGAUGCUGGUAAGGAUGCCAAUAAUCCUGCAGAGAAUGGAGACGCCAAAACAGACCAGGCACAAAAAACUGAAGGUGCUGGAGACGCCAAGUGAAAUGUGUGCGUUUUUGAUAACUGUGUACUUCUGGUGACUGUACAGUUUGAAAUACUAUUUUUUAUCAAGUUUUAUAAAAAUGCAGAAUUUUGUUUUGCUUUCUUUUUUUUUAAAGCUAUGUUGUUAGCACACAGAACGCUUCAUUGUUUUGGGUGGGGAGGAACAUGUGUCCCUAGCGGUGUCUCCCAAGCUGGAUGGAUGAUGGUUCAUGAUGGAAAACCUCUUUCCCUGAUAAUUUUGAAAGACUCCUCUUGGCUCCCAGGAGAGACGUCCUGGGGACAUGUUGACAUAUGUGGCCACCAUGGCACAACAUGCCUUGUGUGGGAAAACUCAGUUCAUUUUUAUAUCCUCCUCCCCCUGUACCAUCAACAUAGACUUAACUCCCUUAAGACCAGAGACCUGUUGGAACCUGAUCCCCAAAAUUGGUUUUGCCAGUCUGUUGGGCAAUCUGGACUUUGCAGUGAUAUUGAGUGUCCUCAAAAGUGCAGCGGUUCCUUU